GCGCAAAUUACUCAGUUGUUUAAGAGAGAUCAAGUAUUCACAAUUUUGGUUUGUUUCUUGUUGCAAUGGAGGGAGGUGGGUUUAGGGGGUGAGGUUGUGGGUAUGGUUUUGCUGGAGGAAGAGGAAGAGGCAGAGGCAGAGACGGUCAGCAUCAUCAUCAGCAGCAGCCGCAGGAGCAGCAGGGAAGAGGAUCUAACCAGGGUCUGAGCCGAGGUCCGGUGAGUCCAAUCCAAGGUGAAGUCCAGCAGGGUCAUGUUCAUGUGGUUCCUAGCCCAGGCGGUCGGAUGUCUUGGGGUGCUGGUCCUUCUUUUGCUCAAGUUCUGUCAAGGGAAACGCAAAAAAUCUUCUUCUCCUGCAAAUGUUGUUUCUGGUCCUGUUGUUCCUGCAAUGGCAUCGCCGAAAAUUUCAGAGCGGGUGCUGCCUUUAUCAUCGUCGUCAAGUCCAGAAACAAAGCAAAUACUUCUGCCUGUGAAACGACCUGAUAAUGGUGGCACACAUGCCAUUAAGAAGCUUAACCUUCAUGUCAAUCAUUUUCCUGUUAAGUUUGAUCCUAAGAAGAUCAUAUGGCGCUAUGAUGUUGAUGUUAAGCCGAAGGUGGCUCCUGGCGAUGGACAUCCAGUCAAAUUAUCAAAGUCGAACUUGUACUUGAUAAGGAGACAGAUGUCUUUGGAUAUACAGGUUCCUUUGGAAAUGACUGUUUAUGAUGGUAAAAAGAGCAUCUUUAGUGCAGUAGUACUACCUACUGGAAAUUUUACUGUGCAACUCUCGGAGUCUUCAUAUCUGGUGACACUAAAGCUUGUGAGUGAGCUCAGGCUUUCACAGUUGAAUGAUUAUCUUAGUGGGAAAGUCUUUGUCGCUCCUCGUGAUAUAUUACAAGGGAUUAAUUUGGUAAUGAAGGAAAGUAUGAACUGCUUGAGUCAUGGUUUCCAUCCUAAAGAAUUUCAUCGAGGAGAUGACCUUGGGCAUGGUAUCAUUGUCUCUAGAGAACCUAAACAUAGUUUGAAGCUGACUUCUCAGGGUUUAGCCUUUUGUCUGGACUACUUAGUGUUGCCAGUUCGAAAGUCAGUGCCUGUUAUUGAGUACCUGGGUGAGCAGAUUGAUGGCUUUCAUAUAGACAAGUUUGGAAGUUUCAAGGAUAAAAUUGAAUCAGAUUUGACGGGGUUGAGAGUUUGUACAACUCAUCUUGACACCAACAGAACAUAUUUGAUUGCUGGAUUGACUUCUAAGGAUGCACAAAAUAUUUCUUUUCCCAUAGGCGACCAACAAGUCAGACUUGUAGAUUAUUUCAAGGAGAAGUAUAAGGAGGAUAUCAUGUACAAAAAUAUUCCCUGCUUGGAAUUGGAGAAAAAAAAUGGAAGUCAUUGUGUGCCCAUGGAAUUAUGUGUCUUAGCUGAAGGACAGAAAUAUCCAAAGGAAUUGCUAGAUAGAGAUGCUGCAAAGAAGUUGAAGGAUAUAUCACUGGCCUUGCCAGAGGUUCGAGAGAAAACAAUAUAUAAUAUGGUGCGGGCUAAAGAUGGACCUUGCUGUGGAGAAGUUGUGCAAAAUUUUGGAAUGGAAGUGGGCAUGAACAUGACAAAAGUGGUAGGUCGUGUUCUUAGUCCACCUGAGUUGAAUGUUGGUGCUCCUGGAGGCAGGAAGAUGAAAAUAAAAGUUGAUAAUGAGAAAUGCCAUUGGAACCUCAUUCGUAAAUGUGUGUUUGAAGGAAAACAAAUUGAUCGUUGGGCUGUGCUUGAUUUCAGCUCUGCUACACCAAACCAACCCUUCAUCCAAAAGCUUACAAAUCGGUGCAAUAAUCUUGGGAUCCGUAUGGGGGAACCUCUCCAUUAUCAGAUGGCUAGAAUGGACAAUUUAAAUGACAAAGAUUUGCUUCACGAGAUGCUUGAGCACAUUCAGUACCUAUCUUAUGAAAAAGGGAAAGGGCGUCUACAGUUUCUUCUUUGUGUGAUGUCUAAACAGCAUCCUGGUUACAAUUUCCUUAAAUUUAUUUCUGAGACGAAAGUUGGUGUAAUGACUCAAUGUUGUCUGUCUGCUAGAGCCAACGAAGCGAAAGACCAGUAUCUUGCUAAUCUUGCAUUGAAGAUUAAUGCCAAGCUUGGAGGCCUCAAUGUGGAGAUCAUUGAACCCCUCCUCCACUUUAAAGGGGAAGGCCAUGUUAUGUUUGUGGGUGCUGAUGUCAAUCAUCCUGGUUUUAAGGACUCAACAAGUCCAUCAAUUGCAGCUGUUGUAGCUUCUAUGAGCUGGCCUGUUCCUAAUCGCUAUGCAGCGAAAAUUCGCCCACAAGAUCCAAGGUCAGAGAAGAUUCAGGACUUUGGGGAGAUGUGUUUGGAGCUUAUUGACUCUUAUGUUACUUUAAAUAAAGUCAAGCCAGCCAAAAUCAUGAUAUUUCGUGAUGGCGUCAGUGAAACCCAGUUUGAUAUGGUUCUUAAUGAGGAGCUAGUUGGUGUCAAGGGAGCCUUUCAAGCAAUGAAUUACUUCCCAACCAUCACAGUUAUUGUAGCCCAGAAAAGACACCACACUCGUUUCUUUCUAGAGACCAAGGAAGAUGGAGGUUCCUCUGGUAAUGUGCCUCCAGGAACAGUUGUUGACUCAACUGUUGUUGGUCCUUCUGGGUUUCAUUUCCAUCUUUUUAGUCAGUAUAGUAGCAUGGGGACAAGCAAGUCAACACAAUACCAGGUCCUCUGGGAUGAGCAUAGGUUUAGCAGUGACCACAUCCAGCAGCUUAUACAUAGCAUGUGCUUCACAUUUGCUCUGUGCACCAAGCCUGUCUACUUGAUCCCACCAGUGUACUAUGCUGACCUUGCUGCUUAUAGAGGUCGGCUUUACCAGGAUGCAUUGGACAGGAAGUCUCAAGCUUCAUCAAGAAGAUCAUCUUCAUCUUCAUCUCUUCCAGCAUCACCAUCACAACCAUCAGCAGCUGCAUUUAGUAAGAGCUCCUACAGGGUUCAUCCUGACCUGCAAAAUUCAAUGUUUUUCAUCUGAAAAGGCCUCUUAGAACUGCCCCAUGAUAAACUCCUUGCCUAAUCAGCCUAGUGAAGGAGUUUGUGCGUGAAUCUAAUUGGUUUCCAGUUAUAAAUAAGUGUCACGUUCAGCAGAUCCUCUCAGUUGUCAUGGUCAUGCUGGCCAUGGAAUUUUAGAGGAACUCCAUCGUUAUGUUUUGAUCUUUAAGUGUGUUUCAUCUAUAAAAUUAUACGUCAGAACCUAGUGAUUGGUUUGAAGUCUUAUGUAAAUAUUUGUCUGGUCUGGGCAUGUUCCUUGUCUCCACUUAGCUAAGCACUGGCCUGGGGACUGAGUUACCAUGUCUAAACUAUCAUGAUACUAUAUUCUAUAUGAAUAAAUAAGUAGGUUUGUUUCCAUUA